GUUCCCAACGACUUCCGAACAGUCGGUAAGUCAAUCUCAUCUCCUGGAGUAUCUGAUGACGACGAGGAGUACCCGAGGACAGUGCCGUCUUCUGUCGGCACUGCCAAAAGCGGCAAGCCUCGAAAGAUUUCCUCGGUCAGCACAAGGACGUCUCCUGAUUGG